AAAAAAGUAUCAAAUCAUUCAAACAAGUAAUGAUGUCCCGACACUGCAUUAAUAUAAAUAACAACCAGAUGCAUUAAAUUAUUUACAUACAAAAUACAUAUUGGAGCAUAUGCACUUUAUCAUUUACAUAAUAUUGUUAUACAAGCACAUACCCACGCACAUAAUCAUACGAGUAUAAGUGUCGAGUAUUUUCAAAUGACUAAGAUUAAAGUUAUAAAUUUCGGGUUUUUCCUAAAUAAUUUCAAUAUAUUCAUUAUAUUAUUUUACGACGCAUUAUGAUGUUACUUUUUCCAAGCUUUUGCGUUAUUUAUAGUUUCUUAAUGAAUAUGAAUGCAAUACAAUUAAGUUAGAUUCAUCACCUUCAACAUCAAUGGAUUCUUCAUAGGCUGUGAUAUUUACUACAAUAAUAAUUACAUACAUUAAUACAUACAUAGAUACAUGAAAUCAUAUGUAUGUACAAUAAAAUUUACAUUUGUGUAAUCUGUAUUUUUGAAAAGUUGUAAUUCAUUUUUACUGAAAAAAAAAAAAACAAAAAAUCAAAAUAUAACAUACAUACAUGUGUACAUAUGUACAUAAGUAGUUAUAUUACCUGAAAUAUCGUUAGAUUUGAUUGACUGGUCAAAAUAAAUUAAUUAUUGUUAAGAUAACUUACAUGAAAUUUUAUGAAAAAUGGAAGAAAGUAAUAUCGUAAUAAUGUCUAAUGCAACAGCAGGGGCAAAUAAAAAUGCCACAUCAAAUUUAAAUGAUUUUGAUCCAGAUUUUGCUAUUCGAUAUAAAAUCUUAGCAAUGUUUGUAUUAGGAGUUGGCAGUUUAGUUGCUGGUAUUUUACCACGUUUAAUAUCAUAUGGACAAAGAAAAGAGAAUUUUUUUAUAUCAUUAAUGUUAUGUUUUGGAGGUGGUGUAUUAUUGGCAACAGCUUUAGUUCAUAUUUUAGUUGAUGUACGAAAAGAUAUGUCAGAAAAUGCUGAAGUUUAUCUGUGCCUUGGAUUUUUUGUAAUUUAUUUUAUUGAUGAAUUUAUACAUUAUUUUUUUGGUGAAGCAUUACAACAUAUGCACGAUAAUUCUGAAAAUGAUCCUCAUGAAACAAAUUAUAAUCAUUAUGGAACAUCAUCAGAUAUUUCAGGUUAUGAAUAUGAAGCUUUAUUAAAUAAUGGAGCUAGUCAUUCUCAUCAUCAACCUGGAGAGACUUGUGAUGCUGAUGAAGGAAAUGCAAGAAUUUGUUAUACAAGUCAUGAUGAACCUUGUGCGGAAACGAGAAGUGGAGCACUAGGAUUAGUUACAGCACUUUCAAUACAUUCUAUAAUUGAGGGAUUAGCAAUUGGAUUACAAAAUACAAGUGCUGGAGUAAUGGUGCUAUUUUUAGCUGUCGCUUGUCAUAAAUAUGUUAUGAGCUUUUGUUUAGGUCUCGAGAUACGAAUGACAUCGAAUUCAAAUAUUAAAAAACAUUUAUUAGCUGUAACGAUAUUUAGUUUAGGUUCAGUUAUUGGAAUCGCUAUUGGUAUGGCUUUAGAUGGUAUACCAACAGAAUGGAGUAAAUCUGCUUUUCCGAUACUACAAGCUUUAGCUGGCGGUACUUUACUUUAUGUAACAGUUUGUGAAGUAUUACCUAGGGAAAGGGCUAGAUGGCAUCAAAAUCCAACAAAAAGAUAUGCUGGUAUAGCACAAUUUUUAUCAGUUGGAUUUGGAUUUGCUGCUAUGUCAUUAGUUGAACAUUUUUUGGAGCAUUAAUAUCAAGAAUGAUGAUCACCUUAAAGAAAUUAAAACUAAAAAAAUCCUAUAACAAUUAAAAAAAAUUGUUCUAAUAGUUUAGUUAAAUUAAGAGAAAUAAUGUAAGUGUAAAAUUUAAGAAAUGAAAUUAUAUUAUAUAUAGUGUUAUAUAU